AUGGCCCAUCAGCGGGUGGACCAGUUCAAGGAACAAAUAUCUAAGCAUUUCAAGUCCCACACUGAUCAACUUGUUUUGAUAUUUGCUGGAAAAAUUUUAAAAGAUCAAGAUACAUUGAUUCAGCAUGGGAUUCACGAUGGACUCACUGUUCACCUGGUCAUCAAAACACAAAACAGAUCACAAGACCAUCCAGGUCAACAAACACAUGCCACUGGCAGUAUUGCUACAUCAAUAUCAAGCAGUAAUACCUCAACACCACCUUCAACAAAUAGUAACUCUUUUGGCUUGGGUGGCCUUGGAGGUAUGGCAAGCCUGAGUAGCCUGGGCCUAAAUGCAUCAAACUUUUCAGAGUUACAGAGUCAGAUGCAACGACAACUUAUGUCCAACCCAGAAAUGAUGGUUCAGAUAAUGGAAAAUCCAUUUGUUCAGAGCAUGCUUUCAAAUCCUGACCUGAUGAGGCAGUUAAUUAUGGCUAACCCUCAAAUGCAGCAACUGAUACAGAGGAAUCCAGAAAUCAGUCACAUGCUGAAUAAUCCAGAUAUUAUGAGACAGACACUAGAACUUGCUAGAAACCCUGCAAUGAUGCAGGAAAUGAUGCGAAACCAAGACCGAGCCUUAAGCAACCUUGAAAGUAUACCAGGUGGCUACAAUGCUUUGCGACGUAUGUACACAGAUAUUCAGGAGCCAAUGUUGAAUGCAGCACAGGAACAGUUUGGAGGUAACCCAUUUGCUUCCUUAGUAAGUGAUGCAUCAUCAGGAAGGGACACUCGGCCAUCUCGUACAGAAAAUAGAGAUCCUUUACCAAAUCCCUGGGCUCCUCAGUCCAGCUCUCAGAGUUCCUCAAGUACCAGCAUCAGUGGUGAGAGCAGUGGCAGUUAUAAUGUUGGAAACAGCACCUCUGCCAAUACGGGACAGAGCUCAACUAUACCAAAUUUGGGACCUGGACUAGGAGUUGGUAUGUUCAACACGCCAGGAAUGCAGAGCUUGUUACAGCAGAUAACAGAAAAUCCACAACUUAUGCAAAAUAUGUUGUCUGCACCCUAUAUGAGAAGCAUGAUGCAGUCAUUGAGCCAGAAUCCUGAUCUUGCAGUACAGAUGAUGUUGAAUAAUCCUUUAUUUGCUGGAAAUCCUCAACUUCAGGAGCAAAUGAGACAACAGCUUCCUACUUUCCUUCAACAAGUAAGAUAA